AUGGAGCAAAGGGGAGAUAAUGGUACUUUGAGUUUUUAUUCUAGCAUCAAGAUGGCACCAUUUGAAGCUUUGUAUGGGAUAAGGUGUAGAUCACCUAUUAGCUGGUUUGAAGAUAGUGAAGCAGAGUUGUUGGGACCAGAUUUAUUCUAUCAAGCUAUGGAGAAAGCUAAGGUUGGUCAAGUGGCUUAUGAGCUUGAGCUGGCACAAGAGUUAGAUGUUGUUCAUCCAGUGUUCCAUGUAUCCAUGCUGAGGAAGUGUGUGAGAGACCCGUCGUUGGUUGUUCCUGCUGAUACUAUAAUGUUUACGGAUGGCCUGACUUAUGAGGAGAUCCCUAUGGCAAUUCUUGAUCGUCAAGUUCACAAGUUGAUAACUAAGGAAGUAGCCUUAGUAAAGGUCUUAUGGAGAAGUCAUAAAGUCGAAGAGGCUACAUGA